GGUGUCCGAGGCCGUCAUGCAGGACACCGGGACCUAUAUGUGCGUGGCCGAGAAUGAAGGAGGACGCGACACGGCCACCUACCAAGUCAAUGUGUUAGCACCACCAGUGAUUAUACAAGACAAAGACACGUUCCGGUCCGCAGUGGAGGGCGAUGACGUGGUCCUCGACUGCGAGGUGGACGGCGACCCUCCGCCCGCCAUCGUGUGGCUGCAGGACGGUGUGUCUCUGCAGGAACUGUACUUGCCGGCCAUCACUGUCCACGACGUAGGGCGUGGGAAGUCUGAGCUGAGAAUCAAGAGCGUGAGCGAAUUCCACGCCGGUUCGUACACGUGUAUAGCGAGCAGCGUGGCGGGGUCGGACGAACAGACGUACGUGUUGAGGGUAGUGACCCCCCCUCGCCUGGAGGACCCCAACGCCCCCACGUACGUCAGCGUCCGUGCAAGUCGGCCGGCGUCCCUCUCGUGCCUCAUCCAUGCGUCGCCAGAUCCGCAGGUCUUCUGGUUCAAGAAUAACAUGCCGCUGGAUGAGGACGACCCCAACCUUCACUUGAGCGCAGGAGGACGAGAUCUGAAACUCCUUCAGGUGACGGAGGACGACGCCGCGAACUACUCGUGCUUGGCUACGAACGAGGCGGGUUCCCUCUCUAUCAACUUUACGCUCGAAGUUCAUGUUCCUCCACGCUUCACGGAGUCUGUGGUGGAAGACGUGAACGCUGUGGCAGGCGAGGAUGUCGAGCUCUUCUGCCCCGUGCACGCCACACCCUCGCCUUCCGUGCUGUGGAUGAGGGACUCGGGCAUCAUCCAGCACUCAUUUACUGCCACGGACCCUCGGCGCCUGACCCUCCAAAACGUGACCAAGGAAGACGAUGGGCGGUACACCUGCCUGGCGACCAACGAAGCAGGAACCAUCGAGCAGGACUUCACUCUGAGCGUCAUGGUGGCUCCUAAAUUGCUGGAUCUGGACCAACCUGUCGUGGAGAAAUCUGUGGUUCUCAAUCGUCCAGUGACCAUCACGUGCUUCAUCGUCGCCGACCCCCCGCCCACCAUCACGUGGCUGAAGGACGGCCACGCUCUAUCAGCCCUGCAUUCGGGCGUGAGCGUAGACAACCACGGGCGGCAGGUGAGCAUAACGAGGGCGCGUGGAGCCGAUGCCGGGAACUACACCUGUCUCGCCACCAACGCCGCGGGGACGACCACUCUUACCACGCUCCUCACUGUCCUCACUCCUCCCACAUGGGCCACGGGCUCGGAGCUGGAGGAGAAGGUGAUCGGUGUCGCGGGCGAGAGCCUCGACCUCUUCUGUGACGUCACUGGCACGCCCACGCCCACCAUCCUGUGGCUCAAGGACGGACAGAUCAUCACGCCCUUAUCGGGUAGCAGGAACUUCACAGCGUCGGACAGGUUAUUGCACUUUAAUUCCCUGGCCCAAGACGACUCCGGGCUGUACAGUUGCAUCACGAGCAACGCAGCAGGAACAGCAGAGUACGUGUUUGAUGUGGAUGUUCUUGCUCCUCCGUCACUCUCCUACCAGCCGAAGACACAGCACACGGUGCUCGUGAACCGCGCCCUUAGCCUGGACUGCCCUGUGGAGGGCAACCCCGAACCGGAGAUAAAAUGGUUUAUGGACGAGCAGCCUGUUAACGCCAAGGGGCAGUUCGUGAGGCUCACCAGUCAGGCUAGACAGCUGCACUUGCUCAGAGUACUAAGCUCCAGUGAAGGCAGAGUGACAUGUCUCGCCACGAACGCAGUAGGGUCACUCGUCACUAAUUACACCCUGGACGUGCUUAGUCCGCCCGUGAUCACGCCCACGCCGCCCACGAAGAAGGUGCGAGCUCGAGAAGGCGAUUCGGUGACUCUCACCUGUAGGACCCGAGGCCAUCCACGUCCCCAGGUUGCGUGGGUUGGCGGCCAGGGGAAAGUCCUGACGGAGGAAGAGAUGGCAAGGAGUGGCUUCGACCUGCAGGAGGAAGGAGAGUCCCUCGUGGUCAAGAAGGUGGAGGGGGCUCACGAAGGGCGUUACACCUGCAUCGCCUCCAACACGGCUGGGUCUGCCGAGGAGACCUUCAGCCUGCAGGUCUUGUUGCCCCCUGUGAUCCAGGUUCCAGAGCAAGGGACAGUGUUAGGUGUAGUACAAGGUUCCUCUAUCACACUCACCUGUAUUGUGGACGCCAGACCCCCAGCCACGCUCUCAUGGCAAAAGAAUGGACAAACUCUAGACAGCAGCCGUGAUCCCUUCCUACACGUCACUGCAGGAGGUGAAUCACUAAGUUUCCUGAGGGUGCAGCCACAACACGCUGCUAACUACACCUGCGUUGCCUCCAGUGCCGCGGGACAGGAUUCUCUGUCCCACCCGUUAUUAUUGAGGACAUGGUAGAGAACGUACUAGGAGGAGGCGUGGGUGGAGACACUAUGGGUAUCGUGGGCGGCGAGGUAGACCUGGAAUGCUACACCAUAGGCACGCCCACGCCCACGCUAACCUGGGAGAAGGAUGAUGAGGGGGUCGAGCUGAGCGACCGCAUAUCACUGCUCGAGGACGGCCAGGUGCUGAGGCUUAAGUCAGCAACGACUGAGGACUCGGGGCGUUACACCUGCACGGCCACGUCUCCGUCAGGGUCAGCGUCGAGGGACUUCGUUGUCGUUAUUCAUAGGGAUCAUCCCCCCCCGUGAGACGAACCUGGAGGUGGUUCUGCACCAGCCUCUCGCCCUGACGUGUGAGGCGGAGAGCUUGCUUACUCCCGCCGUGUCGUGGUCUCGCCACGGUCGACCAGUCACGCCCUACGUGGAUCCGAAUCUCCAGGUGAGGGCCGGGGGUCGGGAACUACACCUGCGCAGGGUACGUGAAGGUGAUGGGGGCGCCUUCACCUGCAUCGUGAUGAACAGCGCGGGACAGGAUACCCUCACCUACACACUCACUGUACAGGUCCCGCCCGUGAUCCAGCGCGCCAACGUGAGGCGACAGGUGGUGGGCGUGGCGGGCCAGUCGACGGACCUGCUCUGUGAGGCGUCGGGUAACCCCCCGCCCACGCUGGCCUGGACGCGAGGCAACACACUCAUCACCCCGGAACACCCUCAUUACCAGGUCAUGAACGGGGGCGCCAAACUCCAGGUCCGGGAGCUGACACGGGAGGACACGGGCGUAAUAACGUGUACAGCUACGAAUCCAGCGGGGAAAGAUACCCUCAGUUACACGCUCCAGGUUUAUGUUCCCCCAAGUGUCGACGAGGACGCAGCCAAGGAGAUGACAGUGAAGGAAGGAAACAGCGUGGUAUUGGAAUGUCCUGUUACAGCCUUCCCUGCACCUUCGAUCCUGUGGUCCGUGGGCGGCACCGUCGUAGGCCACGGUGGGCGGCGGAACGUGGAUCUGGGCUCGGAUGGGCGUUCCUUGAGGAUCGUGCGGGCGGGAAGCGAAAACGCGGGCGUCUACACCUGCACUGCGUCCUAACACUGCGGGCGUGCUUGACGUCGAGGUUGCUCUUCGGGUCUUGGUUCCCCCCCAGAUCGCCAGAGGAAAUGGGCGUGGCCAGGUAGAAGACGGCGAGGAGGAGCUGGUGACCGUGAUGGAGGGAGGUCACGUGGCCCUCCAGUGCAUUCUGCUGAAGGGGACGCCGACGCCGACGAGGCAGUGGUUCGUGGGGCCGGAGCUUGCCGAGCC